AUGUUACCCCUACUUCGGCAACUAUGCAACCCCCUAAAGCCAGCAACUGGUGGCAAUGGAGGUCUCUUGCAACAUGUGGUUGUUCUCAGACAUGGCUCUGAACAGCUCGAGAGGGGCCUCAUUUCUUAUGAGUCAUUAUUUCAACCAAAUGAUAGCAUCUCCGACGCACAAUUGCAAGAAGCGGAAAGCCUGGUAUCUCCUGAUGAUGUCUGCAGCCUGCAAUUCACGAGUGGGACGACUGGAAGCCCGAAAGUCGCUAUGCUUACUCACAGUGGACUCAUUAACAAUGCCAUUGGAUCAGGACUUCGAAUGAAGAUCACUCAAGACGACAUCUUGUGCUGUACCGUUCCUCUUUUUCACUGUUUUGGCCUCGUGCUCGGCGUCCUCAUGUCUCUGGUUUACGGUAGCUCGCUGAGUCUCCCCAGUGAAAACUUCAGUACCCCACGAGCAUUACAGGCCAUUACUGACGAAAAAUGUACACUUAUCUACGGGGUUCCAACCAUGUAUAACGCCUACAUACAGGAACUACACAAACACCCACCUGGGACGUAUGAUCUUUCGUCGGUGAGAGUGGCCGUUACUGGUGGUGCGACUAGUCCAUCCAAGCUCUUCAGGGAUAUGAGAGAUGUUCUUGGAAUACCCCAUAUCAUCCACGCCCUAGGCAUGACUGAAUGCUCGCCUGUUACCUUUCUGACGACGGUUGACGAUACUUUCGAAAUAGCCUCCACCACAGCAGGCAAAGUCAUGCCACAUGUCACAGCAAAAGUGGUUGACAUGAAUGGCAAAACAGUCCCAAUAGGACGGCGUGGAGAACUCUUUAUUGCGGGAUAUAACCGCUUCCGUGGGUAUUGGCAAAAUCCAGAGAAGACCAAUGAGGUAUUUCAACGCGACAAGAAUGGGACCUUGUGGUUCCGUACGGGCGACGAGGUCACAAUCGAUGCGCAAGGUUACUGUCGGGUAACAGGACGAAUUAAAGACAUUAUCAUUCGAGGCGGCGAAAAUGUCUAUCCUACAGAGAUCGAGGAGAGGAUCGUCCAACACCCCAGUGUCUCUCAGGCAAGCGUUGUGGGGGUCAAGGACUCAUACCACGGUGAACUUGUUGCUGCUUUUGUUCAACAAGAUCCAGAGUUCAAAGAGACACUCCCGUCAACGGAGGAAUUGUCCACGUGGGUGGGUAAAACCCUCUCCAGGCAUAAAGUGCCCACCUACUUCUGGUGGAUUGGGGACGACGGUGUCUGUCCCACUUUGCCUCAGACCGCCAGUGGGAAGGUUCAGAAGAUGGUACUGAGGGAUAUUGCCCUAAGGUUGACUAGGCAAUGA